AUGGCACAAAAGGCACCCUGGAAAGCCAAUCGGAGAAAACUGGACAUCACGCCCUUGUUAGUGACGAACCGUUGUCCCGAGACCAUCUGGCCUGGUAUCUCAACGCAGUCCGGUACAGGUCCUGCAGAGAAUGGCUUCAAGCUUGAACCUGGGGAGACGAAAAACCAGACUGUGUCAGAGGAUUGGCAGGGUCGCGUCUGGGGUAGGACGAAUUGUACGUUCAACAGUGACGGCACCGCUGCUGAAUCGGGUCGCGGAAAGGCUUGUGGAUCCGGCGACUGCAAUGGCGCCUUGAAUUGUCAAGUCGGGGGGGACGUUCCCGUCUCGCUUGCCGAGUUCACGUUGGAUGCUGGGGAUGGACAUACAUACUACGACAUCUCGCUUGUCGAUGGCUACAACGUCCCCAUGGCAAUCGUACUCCAGCCGCUCGAGAACGUCACGCUCGAUGAUAUUCCUCCGAACCUUACCAACCCAUCCUGCCAAGGCACGGAUGGACUGCUAGCUUCCCAAGGCUACAAUCCCUAUCCCGAAUACCCUGACUUCUUACGCACGAAUACCUCCUACCCAUUGCCCUUUGAUCAAAAGGUUGAUAAGAAUAAGAUCUCUAAAUGGUGUCCAUGGGAUUUGCAACAGAACCCCCCUGAGAAGCCUGGCGAUGGCGUAUAUCCGUAUCCUGACGACAACAUCCAACGGCCACAGUUCAAUCCUUGCUUCUCUGCAUGUGCAAAGAACAAUCGACCUGAAGACUGCUGUACAGGAGAAUACAACUCUGCGAGCGCGUGUAAGCCAAGCGAGUACUCCAAAAGCGUCAAGGCAGUCUGUCCUGACGCAUACAGCUUUGCGUUCGAUGAUCAGACUUCAACCUUCAUCAUCCCCUCCGGAGCUGGAUUCGAAGUGGUCUUCUGUCCCGGUGCGCGUUCGACGACGAUCCUCUCAACGAGCCGAGAGGAAAUGCUUCAGUUAGCGCAGCAAGGCAGAGUCGACAAACAAGCUACGAUGAUGAUGAAAUCCAGGAGUGAAAUGGCAAAGAGAAGUGCUGCGUCGAGGAUGUCAAAGUUAGGUGGUAAUCCAUUUGCGUUUAUUUUGGUUGUGGUGGCCGUGACAUCAGCUUCACACUUCUGGUAG